GCAAAAACACGCGCUCACGUUUCCAUGCGUCUCCUCGGUCAUAUGCUCCUCUGUGCUCUUAUUCAUAUUGGCCAAUCACUAGUAGGCUGAUAGGAGGUAAUUGGAUAAUUAUAUUUCAUCUAAUCGAGGCGCCACCUGGAGAGCUGUUAUAUAAGAAGAAACCAAAGUAAGGAACGUAUACUCAUUACUGAACCAUGCGCACUGCUUUGCGCGUACCUGGGAGUCAGUGAGCAUCAGUGGCGUUGGAGUUCAAGUCACGUUGCAUCAGAGUAGAUGUGCUGUGCCAUGGAGGCGAGAAGAAGUGGACAGGUCUGGGUAUAGCGCGAGACAUUUUCACCUCAUCUGCAAUCAUCUCUAGCAGGACUUCAACAAGUCUAGUGAAGAUACUCCUGCCCAUGGGACUUUAUAGUCAUUUUUAUUCAUUCACUCUGAUCUCAUGGCACUGUGAACGUUGAUAUGGAAUGAACGGGAAAAAAAAAAAAAAAAAAAAAAAAAACUAGUCACUGUGGAUCUUCGUAGCAUCGCCUCCUGUGAUUUGCUCGCCCAAGAGUGCCGGAACACGAUGGCUUAGAUAGAAGACACGGAUAGACCGUUAUUUACAGAAAGCACGAGUUUACAUUCAUCUCACAUGGAAUAUAGAGAAAAAAAAUAUGACUUUUUCAGCGCUGAUUUUUGGUAAGAAGUGAAGAGGACCUAUAUUUAAUUCUAUCCGCUAAUUCAAUGAAAGCAUCGGUAUGCGCUUUUGGAGAAAGACGCCGUUGGGUCUUAUAUGAACUAGCCUACUGGUUUUUGACAAGGAUUCUCUUGGAAACAUCGGUGUGAUUAAAUUGACCCCAUCCCCCACCCCCAGUUGUUUUUCUACAUUCGCAAAUGCCUAACGCGGCAAAUCAUUUCAGGGGCCAUAAUGAUAAUUAAAGGAAAUAAGCGUCUUGAAAUUCGCACUGGUCUGUGAGAUACUGGAUAAAAGAAGAAGAAAAAAGUUCCAUCCUAAACGACGAGGACGGAAUGAACCAGUCUGGGUGCUUUACUUUUGCUUUCUGGCGAAGGACGGGAAGGGGAACGUGGAGAGAGCGGUCAGUUUCAGCAGGUGAGCCACCAGGUGAAACUGAGUGUGAAGAUGUCCAGAGACUGCUGGCACUGUGGAUAAUUUGGCAGCUUUCCCAUUACAACGCACCCCAAAGAUUGGACAGCCAUCCUAUGAAUUAUGAAUGUUGAACAAGAUGACCUUCUUCCCACAGCAGCAGAUGAUGAGAGGUCCUAGGUGGAACCGGGCCUUGUCUGACCCAUUGUUUAUACUGUUGUUGGCCUUGCAAUUGCUAGUGGUUGCUGGCUUGGUGAGAGCCCAGACUUGUCCAUCCGUCUGCUCUUGCAGUAAUCAGUUCAGUAAGGUUAUCUGUACACGCCGUGGCCUGAGAGAUGUACCAGAUGGUAUCUCAACAAACACGAGGUACCUAAACCUACAAGAAAAUUUAAUCCAGGUGAUCAAGGUAGACAGCUUCAAGCACCUACGGCACCUGGAAAUCCUGCAGCUCAGCAAGAACCAUAUUCGUAGCAUUGAGAUUGGAGCAUUUAAUGGGUUGGCCAGCUUAAACACACUGGAACUCUUUGAUAACAGGUUAACUACUAUACCUAAUGGAGCAUUUGAGUAUCUGUCAAAGUUAAAGGAGUUAUGGCUGCGUAAUAAUCCAAUUGAGAGCAUACCAUCCUAUGCCUUCAACCGGGUGCCCUCACUGAGAAGGCUAGAUUUGGGUGAGUUGAAAAGGCUUUCAUAUAUUUCAGAAGGUGCUUUUGAAGGCCUAAAUAACCUGCGUUACCUGAACCUUGGCAUGUGUAAUCUAAAGGAGAUCCCUAAUCUCACACCUCUGGUACGCUUAGAUGAGCUGGAGAUGUCAGGAAAUCAGCUCUCAGUUAUACGACCAGGUUCUUUCAAAGGCCUUGUCCACUUGCAGAAACUGUGGAUGAUGCACGCUCAGAUCCAAACAAUUGAAAGGAAUGCCUUUGAUGAUCUUCAGUCACUUGUGGAACUGAAUUUGGCUCAUAAUAACCUUACCCUGCUCCCUCAUGACCUCUUCACACCGCUACACCAUUUGGAGAGGGUGCACUUGCACCACAACCCAUGGAAUUGUGACUGUGACAUUCUCUGGCUUAGCUGGUGGUUAAAGGAAGUAGUACCAGCCAAUACCAGCUGUUGCGCUCGCUGCAGCACCCCUGCUAGCCACAAGGGACGGUACAUUGGUGAGUUGGAUCAAAACUAUUUCCACUGUUAUGCACCUGUCAUUGUGGAGCCACCUGCUGAUUUGAACGUGACAGAGGGAAUGGCAGCAGAACUAAAAUGCCGAGCAAGUUCACUGACAUCAGUCAGUUGGAUUACCCCCAAUGGGUCUAUCAUGACGCAUGGCGCAUACAAGGUGCGCAUUUCUGUGCUGAAUGAUGGGACAUUAAAUUUUACAAAUGUCACAAUGCAGGACACAGGGACAUAUACAUGUAUGGUUAGCAACUCGGCAGGCAACACCACUGCCUCUGCUACACUAAAUGUAUCCUCAACAGAGAACAGCACUUUUAGCUACUUUACCACAGUGACCGUAGAGACAAUUGAGCCAUCAAAUGAUGAAGGGAACAACAUAGUACACCAGAAAGUAGGUCCGACUACUUCUUCUGGAGUGUGGGAGACAUCUUCUGCACUGUCAUCAACCAUGACAACCCAAACGCAAGUCUCCACCAAGGCCACAGAAAAAACAUACACUAUCCCAGUCACAGCACUGGGAGAUGGCUCCCUCAACACCCUAGAUGAGGUGAUGAAGACCACUAAGAUAAUCAUUGGCUGCUUUGUGGCCAUCACACUAAUGGCUGCAGUUAUGCUGAUCAUCUUCUACAAAAUGCGCAAACAGCAUCACCAGCAGAAUCACCAUGCACCAACACGAACCAUUGAGAUCAUCAAUGUCGAUGAGGACUGCAUGGCUACUGGACCAACCUUGGAAGGUCAACUGACCCUGGCACGUCUUGAGCAUGAGCAUCUUAAUCACUAUAAUACUUACAAGACAGCAUACAAUCAUGCAUCUACCAUCAACUCUAUACACAGCUCUGCACACGAACCUUUGCUUAUUCGGGCCAGCUCAAAAGACAACGUACAAGAAACCCAGAUCUGAACACUUUUUCAUAAUGGUAAAAAAAGAACCCAUAACAAACUAAAAGAGAAAUAUCUGACAUUUUCAAUGUAAAGAAAAUGGCCCAAGGUACUGAUAACAUGGAAGUCCAUGUGCAACAAAUAAGCGAAUGAUGAAGGCAAUUUAAUGACUUUGGGCACUAGGGUAUGUUAAUUGUUUCAAAGUGUCUUUACCUAACAGAAGUUAUUUAUUUAUGAAAAAACUCUAUUGUGUUUAUUUCAAGAAAAAAAAAAAAAACAUUCUGCAAUUAUUUUUUCCAGCAAUCAUUUCUCCAUAUUUUAUUUUAGGAUUGGUAAAAAUGGUUGGUUUACUAGUAGGAUUUAAAACUCUAUGUAAAUCCUCACAAUAUUUCAUUUCAUAUGUGCUGAUUCAGUAAGUUAUCAGUUAUUAGUCACACCUAUGACAUUUCCUUAUUGGUUCUUGUGGUUUAUUUAUUUAUUUAUUUAUUUAUUUAUUUAUUUAUUUAUUUUUAAUCAGUCACCUCCUUUAAAAUCCCUGCAUGCCAUUUUAGAGGCUACCCUCCCAUACCAAGCAUCUUAAUGACCAACUGCUAAUUCUAAUGAGUUUAGUGCUUGAUUAUAGCUGAUCAUGUAUUUGUCAGAACAUAUUUCUCUGUUUUUGAUUAAAUCAGAUGUGUGGUUGGCUUUUUCAAUUUCUGGGUUUUGGUGACAAAUGUGCCAUUAUUUAAAAACAGCUGAAUUGUCUGUGAAAUAUAUGCAUUACAGUUUUAUUAGAAGGUGAAAAUUUAGACCAGAAUGAUUAAUAUUAAUAUUAAACAGAAUCAAAUGUGGUUAAUACAAUUUAACUUCUAGCAAUUUGGAGGUAAUUCUUGUGCUUAAUCUUAAAAUUUGAUCAUCUUAAAGUUCUCCUGUAUCAUCUUAAUAAUUUUCUUUUCUCAAUCAAAAAUAUGAAUGAUGCCAAUGCCCACAAAAUUUACCACACAGAGUUCAUAGUGCCAUAUAAACUCAUUCAGUUUCCAAACCCUUAUAACCUGCCCCAGUUAUAUCUGUUUGCUGUGUUGUUGUUCCAGACUCAUUUAAUUCACUUUAGAUUAAUAUAAUAGAUAAUCCCAGUAGAAAACGUCCUUCUUCCACCACAUUUUGCCUAUAGUAGGCCAUUCGAGAGUGUGUCUCUGACAAAGCAUGACUUAUGACACAGUAUACAUAGCGGUGGCAUCAACCAGAUGUUAGGUUUGCAUCUGUCUCAUACAGUAAAUGGCACCAUCUCCAUUCUAAACAACGUGUCAUUGGGCUUGCUGUGUACACAGUUUCACAUAGAUCCAUCCGGUGUGCAAUUCAAAGACUGAUGCAUAAAAAGUAAGCCACCAAUAUUAAGUCAAUGCUAGUGUCCUAACCAAGAUUCCCCAGGUGUCUCUUUAUAGAUUAUGGAAAAUGAAACCUUUCCAUGCUUCCAUUUCCCCUGUUAACUAUGUUUAAAUAAAACGCAUACUUAAAUAAUUAAAACAAAACAUGCUAUGCAUUUUGCAAGUGGAUGAAAAGGGUAAAAUGCAUCCCAUGUAAAUAAACAUGUAAGUGUCAAGAAGUCUUUAGCCAGGGAAGCAUCCUCCAAUAAUGUGAAAUAAUAAUAAUGAGUUGGCUAACACAGUCACUAUGGUAACCAGUGACCUUGAGUGAGAAGGUAAUAGCUGAUGGAGCACCCACUGACCUGACACGUUAAUGUAUUCAGAGUUAAAAAGCAUGGAUAGACCCAUAUUAAUGCCAAAAUAAGACUCAUUUGAAAUGCAUUGUUCAGAUCAUAAAACUGUUCUUGAAACUGCUCAUCAGUUAAACAUGAUAACAUCAUAUUUCUUUAUAAUUAACUAAGUCAAGGUACACGUUGCAUUUUUGUUUAUUUCUACAGAGGAACAUGUUUAAUAAUCAUAAACAAAGUCCCUGCUACAAAACUUCAGUGGGAAUUACAUGUCUAAAAAGCAUCAAUGAUCAAAGCUCAAACAUCUAUGAGCCUUGAUCAUAGCUUUGAUCCACCCUCGGAGAAAGAUGAUUAUUGUCAAACAGACAUUUGGAGUAAGACACACACUUGCACUCACACACAUCAUGCACAGGUUUUAGCUUAUGAAAAAAAAAAUUCUAAUCACAAAGUAAAUGUGCGAGAUUCAUUUAGUUGCAUUUAAUGUAAUAAUAAAACAGUCAUAGGUAAGAUCAUAUUACAGCUGAUUACCCUAAACUUGCUAACCCAAGCCUAACGUUUUGUAACCUAUAAUAGGAAUGGACUCAAGAAGUCAUGGUUAUAUAAAUCACCUACCCCUUUUGAAAAGAAAGUGUGGUUAAGAUUUUUUUC